UAGCUUAUCCGACCCGACGUCCGCGAUGGUGUGCUCAGCAUGAGUUGACGCCAUAUGCCUCUAAAUUUUACUGUAGUUACGGACUAUUCAUUUUUAAAAUUUUGCGUAGUGCAAUAGCCACAGCUGGCUAUGAAUGUUGGAAGUGACUAAAAACGAGAGGCGUUGGUGAGUCUCUACAAGAUAACUGCUAAAUGCAGUUUAAUCGGGCAGAUUUAAAAACCUGUGAAAGAGUCGGAGUGGAUGAGCAUAUAAUAAAAUUUAAAUCUUCACCCAAUUUUAAGAACAUGAAAAAAUUUAUAAAGUCCCGUUCUGAAACUACAGUUGUGGGAAGUAAAGCCGUAGCUAAAUCUCAUCAUAUACCGCAGAAAACUGUCGGUAAUAUGGACAGCAACCAAUAUCAACGCGCUGACUGCCACAAAACAGAAGUCCAACCGCCCCUGCCACUGGAACCACCGCCACCUGAUAUAUUAUUAGAAAGUAUUAAAGUGAAGCAAGAAAUAGUAGACCUAGACUAUGAAAUCCCCCAGAAAUCACCUCUAACUGACGACCACGAAAGUUCGGAACACACCGAUAAUACAAAUGUUCAUCAGAGCAAAAUAUGCAGAGACUUCAUAAGAGGAACAUGCAAACGCGAGGGAACAUGUAAAUACGCCCACAAAUAUGACCUGACCCAACUCGAAGGGGUGUACACCUUCUGCAGGAAAUUUCAAAAUUCUGUGUGCACUUUUACGAAUUGCAAAUAUGUGCAUGCAACAAUAUUUGAAGAGCAACAUUUUUAUAGAACUGGUAUGCUGCCACCACACGCCCUUCAGCACAGGGCUAAUAAUAUGAUGCAGCUACCACCCCCGCCUCCCCCGCAUGAUACAUUUAUGCCGAAUUUUAGAAUAAAUUUUUCCCAUCCACCUCCACCUCUGCGUCCACCAAAUCAAUUAGAAAAAGCAAUACUAGCUCCUCCUCCUCCAAUAUGUACUAUGGAGACUGUUCGUUACUCGGGAGACCAUAAACACCUAAUAACUACUGGACAUAUCAAAGGCAUAAAGCGCGAAUGGAGUAAUUCAGAUACGAGACAGCCAUUCGCUGCGCCGCCGUGCGACCUCGUCUACAAUGAACGAUUGUCCAAAAAAUGCAAACAUUGCGAUAUCAUGGAGUUCAGGUUGGAUCACAACCUUAAAAAGUUAUAUGAGAUGCGCGAUUCGAAAAAUAUGCUGAUGAAAAAGACUGAAACUUUGGAAAAGCAAUCUGCAAAGCUGCGCUCCAUUUUAAAGAAAAUUCUAAAACCUACGGUAACGAGGGCUGACAUGGCAGAGCAAUUCGUAAAAAGAUUCCUGAGCUCUAAAAAGCAGCUGCAGCGUUUGAAGGCUCAAUAUAAAUAUUUGUGAGGACCUGGCGCUGCUGCAACUGUUGACACACUACGCGAGCGGAACAAGCUUACCAAUGGCGAAGAUCAUUAUAAAUAGCGACUAGAGCGGACAUUGUGCUACUAAUGGAGGUCUGAAAAUCGCAUAGCUGUUCUCCGUCAUGCUCUAUUUAAAUAAAUUAGUCAUAUAAGAGUUUUGUAGUCUUUCAGUUGUGUACCGAACUGUAUUCAGAUAGACCUUGGGUAGUUCGAAUUGCAAUUUUUGGUGUCACACUGGACAAGUGCUAUUUUUUGUUCUUUAUCCUUUCCCAUACGGAAAAGGCAAAGGUAUAUCACCAUAAAGCCAUUGACAAGUGCUAAACUGCAUGCUAGUAGUGUUCGAUCAAAAAUGCAAUAGAUAUACAGUCCCAUAUAAUACCAAUAAUAGCAAUGAGAAAUGCCCACCGGUUAGCAACUGUAGAAAAAGUUAUACAAUGCGGACGCAUUUCAAGUCCAGUACACAACUGAGUUACCACGAAGAGGCGUUUUAAUCCAAUUGAAAGAAAAAUAUAUUAAUUGAGAAGCUAUUUAGUCCUGCCUCAUAGUUAAUACUUUUACUGUCCGCAUUACGCGCUACUACAAUAUUCAUAAGUAUUUAUAAUUAGAUAUUUAUAUUCAAAUGAAUGAAGAAUUCAGGAAGAAUGUUAGAGCUAAUAUAAGGAUUUGUGCUUUUAAGUGGCUGUAUUGUAAAGCAAUAGCAAAUUAAAAACAGGUAAUGAAGUGGAGGUGUUAUAUGAUUAUGAGGAAGAAAUGAUAAUAAACAUUAUCGUAUUUUUGUAAGCCAAAUAAUAGGGUGGUUAAGUAGUUAGUGACAUCCAUAAUAACAAAGAAGUAAUUCGGCUGUGCUUCUUCGUUCCUGUUUAUGUACUUAAUGCGUACAAAAGCGUAGGCGAGAUGAUUACGAAAACUGACUCGAGGUUCACUACAGGAGUCUCUAAAUUUGACAAAGGGCACACAUACGUAAGCCCAUCAAUCACUAGUUAUGGCAAAUACUUGUAAAGUAAUUUUCUCAAAUAAUGCGUGGAAAUUAAAAGAAUGCAUAAUCCAAAUUCGACAUGGAAUGUUAACCAACAAAACGUUGCUUAACAACCAAUGUUACGCAGAUGUUAUGAACCAAUUGAAAAAUAUAGAAAAUAUUUUUUUAGAAUAAAUCUGAUUUUUAAUCUGAAAUUUUAAAUUUAGAGAUAUUUGUAACUGUUACUGACCUAAUAUGAAAUAAAGUUCGGGUCAGCGCUCAAAAACGUCUGAACUAAACGGUUAUGAGAAUGCGAAAACGGUAUGACAUUCACGCCAUUCUUCAUUUGUUCGACGGCAGAUGCACUUUGAAAAUAGCAUACUGCAUGGUAAAACAUGCACAAAUUACUCAACUUAACUAUGAAAAGAUUGCGUAUUUUUUUCAAGAAAAUAAACUAUUGUGUCAUCAUUUUAAACUAUAGUUUUGCUUAGAAAAACAGUAUUUUAUUUAAAUUUGCAUCAAAUAUCAAAAUCGAUCACAAAACUAAUCAAAAUAAACAAAAAGUAAUUCAUCCGUCCUUUUCGGACGUGUUGCGCUGCUUAGACAAAAGAGACCAACUAUAUGUUCACUAUAUUCUGCUUGAUUUGAACAAAGUAGUCGUUUAUUAUAUAUAAAAAUUGUUGUAACUUUUUUUUAGUUCUAUUAUUUUGUUCUUCUAAUUGUAUGGCAUGGUUUGUUAAAUUUAUUUCGGGAAAAACAUUGUAGCGCGGUCGCGACGAGAAGAAUAUUUUGAAUUUCUCCCAGGAAAUUCCAAAAUGGAACUCAUAAAAUAGAUUUAUGUAAUGUGGUGUUUUGUUCACAAAAUGUGUACAUAAAAAAAAUGUUUUGAUAAAAAAAGAACCGACCUUGCUAUACAACUAAAAAAAAGAAAUAUAUAUUUUCUACAACAUUUUUAAGUCGGUGCCAAAUAAAAGUUACUAUGUUAUUUUGACAUUACAAAAUACACUUUUCUAUAUAGAUUAAACCAAACCACGAUAUUCAAAUUUCUCCGAUGAAAUUCCAGAAAGUACUCAUAAGAUAGAUUUAUGUAAAUGUAUGUGGUGUUCAUACAAUUUGUACAUAAAAAAAAAUAAUUGUAAAAUAGAACCGACAUUGUUAUACAUUAAAUAAAUAUUUUCUACAAAAUUUGUCAUAAGUCUGUGUAAAUUAAAAUGGAGAAAGAUACUAUGUGUAUUUUGACAUUACAAAAGACACUUUUACUUCUAUAGAUUAAAUAAAAUGUUGUUCAUAAAAUUUGUACAU